ACUAGCAUCGAGAUUUGACAAUGAACGAGACCACAAUUCAAGAUGGAGAAAAAUGAAAAAUCUUCUCUGGGACAAUUUGUCCAAAAACAAACGAAAUAUGGAACAUCUAGGAAAGCAGUACACACACCUGAAAUACAUAUAAAACAUAAAGUAGAAAAGGGUGAAACUCUCCAAGGAAUAGCUCUCAAACAUGGCGUAACAAUGGAGCAGAUAAAAAGAGCCAACAAAAUCUGGACAAAUGACAGCUUAUUUUUGAGAGAGGAUCUACUUAUUCCUGUGUGUAAACCUUCCACUAGUGACUCAAAUACUUUGAAUGGGGAGACUGCAAUAUCCACAACAGCAACUGCAACUACUGUGACCAGAACUCACUCUGUUGACAGCGGCAUUGCUGCUAGAUUAAAAACACAAACUCCAGAAAGUGCAAUAACAAAAGGAUCCAUGGAUGUAUCCGCUAAAGAUUUUCUCAGUAAAUUUGAUAAAAACAUUGCCACAUUGAAAUCCAGUGUCAGCAAAAUGGAAGAAAUGUCCAGUAUUCCAGAAGAUAGCCAAAACCCGCUUAACUACCACAGCAGUAAAGUAAAGAAAGCUAAGCAUUAUUCUUCACGUCCUAAAACAUUUGACGUUGAAUCCUCAGACAGUAUUUCGUCAUCUCCAGAAUUAGUCAUAAAAGCUAAAGCAAGAAAUAAACAAAUAAGGUCUUCGCUAGAGAAACUUGAACAAGCUGAGGAAAAUAUUUUUGAAUUGUGAUAAAGUGUGCUGGUACACAGGGAGAGGAUUUAACAUCAUCAGGAACGAGGCAGAGAUAUCAGAGAUCGUCAAACAGAGUGUGCAAUGGUAAUGGUGGUCGUACUGCAUAUCAAAUUGAGUUUACGGUCCAUUUGGUUGCCAUGAAGGCCUAGUGUAUAAAAAAAGUUUCAUUUUUGGGGAUAUUACCAGGAAAAAAUUACAUUCAUUGUUAAGGAUUUAUUAUCCGAUAAGGGUAAUGGUUGUCUUCAGAAUAUACUUUGGACAAAAAACAUUCCAAUAUUUUUGCCUUGUAGAAACAUGGAGUCUGUACAAUACAGACAUCUAGCCCCAUGUAACGGUUUGUAGGCAUUUUGCUUAUA